AUGACAGAAACAAAGGAAGCGCGCGACUUCCUCGCCCUCUGGAAGAAGGCGAAUGCGGGAGAGAAAUUCCACGAGCUGGGAGAGGCUUUCCAGGCCCUCGGGCAAACGCGGCCGGCUGUCACGGAGGAAAUUCUCAGCGCUCUCAUGAAGCAGAAGCCCAAGUGGGCGUGGGUGUGCCGGAAGUGCUCCUGCAUGAGCCACGGCAGACAAACCGCUUGCAAAGGCUGUAAGGCCGAGAAAAAAGAGGCGCGCGUGCAAAAGGACGGGCCUGUUCUACCCGCUCGUGGUCCAGCGGAGCCUGUGGCGCUGCCAACACCCCCUGUGCCGCCUCCGAGGUCACAGACGCGCGUGACCUCCGUGGACGAACCACGACAGAAGGCCACGCCGCUCCGCCGGUCGGUCGAGAGCCCGCCGUCGGGCAGCGAGCCCUGGCCCAGCGAGGACCCUCAAGUGAGGAUGGCGAUCCACACGUGCCGCGCUCUCGACCCGGAGCAGCAGGGGGUGCUGAUCGAGGAGCUGUUCCACGCCCUGGACAGGCGCGACCAGGGCAGGCUCAUGAACCGCCUCUGGCUCAACCGUCCUGUCACCGCCAGCAAGGCCACGCCGAUGAAACGCGUGAGCAAGCACCCGAUAGCCAAGAAGAUGGGGCGCCGCUCUUCCUGA